CUUGUCAAUCAAUAUAGGGCGGAACGCUGGGCAGGGCCACAUCAGUGAGCGACACGCCAGCCUCGUUACCCUCCCUGCCUCCGUGACUAGGCACCCGGAGGCACCCAGGGGACCAAAGCCGGGUGCGGAGCACCGGGGCGGACUUGUGGGGGGCUCCAGGGACUCACCGAUGCGCUGUCCCACUGGAGAGCUGAACGGGUUCCCCAGGAGAAAGUCCAUCGCUGCUACCGCCGCUGCCACCAACCCCGGGAAUCAGCUGACAGCAACCGCCAGCUCCGCCGACCCGUCACGUGACGCGCCCGACGACCGGCGAAUUGGCGUGGGCGGGGCGGCGGCACCACGGAGCUCGACCACAGGCCCCGCCCUGACGCCGGAGGGUCCCGCCCCCGAGGCGGAGGGCGACGACCUCGCUGCGGCUUCGUCGGCGGCUGCGGCGGGCGACAAGCACUACGUCACAGCCUCCUUUGAGAAUUUCACAAAAGCCAUGAGCCUUUCUGAAGAAAGAAGGCAGCGAUACAAUUUUGCUUAUAACCUCAGGGAGUUUCUGGGGUCCCAGAAGUACCACCAUGGACCCCGAAGUACAACCAUGGACCCCAUGCUAAUAAUCACAGAGGCCUUUCCCACCGUUAGAUUCUAAUUUUUUCAGCCUUCCUGGCUGUGUGUGGUGUGUCUGCUGACACCUACACACUAGAUAACUAUCUAUGGGUUAUGGCCUUUUCUGCUGGCAGGUACUCUAAAAAUACAAUAACCAUGGCCUCAGUAGUCUGGCUACUGUGGGUGCUUUAGUAUUUAUUGUGAUGUUUGUGGUUUUUAAAUCUGAAAGCCUAGUAAACUGCACAAAUUUUGGAUAGAAAACCUAAAUUAAGCCAGGCGUGGUGGCUCAAGCCUGUAAUCCCAGCACUUUGGGAGGCUGAGGUGGGCAGAUCAACUGAGGUCAGGCAUCGAAAACCAGCCUGACCAACAUGGUGAAAUGCCGUCUCUACUAAAAUACAAAAAUCAGCUGAGUGUGGUGGUGAACGCCUGUAGUCCCAGCUACUCAGGAGGCUGAGGCAUGAGAAUUGCUUGAACCCAGGGGGCAGAGGUUGCAGUGAGCUGAGAUCAUGCCACUGCACUACAGCCUGGGUGACAGAGUGAGGCUCGUCUCAAAAAAACAAAACCUAAAUUAGAACUUAAUAACUUCUGUAGAUUCACUUGUCUGAGCAGCCAUGGCCCGAUGGUCUUUACUGUACAAUGUAAGAACUGCUUUGAAGUGUUUCCACAACACUCAUGAGACCUGUUCACAAGUACCCCUGCCCCCACGAGUCUGGAUUUCCAUGGGGGCUGGGCUACUAUUUCUGUUUUGCUCACCACUAUUGUCUAACCCACUGACUAGCAUAUGAAAGCUUAAAUAAAUCUACCUUUCAGUAGUGGUAUUUUCAAAUUCUUCCAUUAACCUUUAUUUAUUUAUUUUUAGAGGCAAAGUCUCACUAUGUUGCCCAGGCUGGUCUUGAAUUCCUGAGCUGAAGUGAUCCUCCCACCUCAGCCUCCCAAAGCCCUGGGUUACAGGCAUGAGCCACUAUGCCUGACCCUUCCUUUAAGCUUUUUAACAGGUUCUUGUAAGCUUUAUUCUUCAUGGUUAGAAAAAAAUCCGAAACAACUCAUAUACCCCCAAAAGGAAGUGGAAUCAUAAACUCCAUGCAAACUGAUUACUAUAUAGCUAUUCAAAUAGAAAUGCAAGUAUAUAGAUUUAUUUAUUUAUAAAGACAGAGUCUCUCCAUGUCACCUAGGCUGGAGUACAGCGGCACAAUUGUAGCUCACUGUAGCCCUGAUCUCCUGGGCUCAAAUGUUCUCACACUUCAGCCUUUUAAGUAGGUGGGACUACAGAUGCAUACCACCAUGCCUGGCUAUUUUUAGUUUUUUGUAGAGAUGGAGUUUUGCUAUAUUCCCCAGGCUGGUCUCAAACUCCUGGCCACAAGUGAUCCUCCUGCCUUAGUCUCCCGAAGUGCUGGGAUUGAGCCACUGCUCUCAGCCACUAUAUGGAUUUUAUCAACACAGUAGAUAGGGAUGUAAAUGGCAAACAUUAAGUUAGUAUAAAACUGUCUUUAAAAAGUAUGCUAAUAAGGAGCAAACUGAUUUAGUAAACGGUGUUUCAAUUUACUUUUUCAAGUGUUUUAGUAAUAUUAAUAUCAUGCUUUACUGAGGGUUAAAAUGUUCAAAUUUCUUAAGACUGACAGUCUGCAUAAAUGUAAGCUAUUAUAUCCUUUAAGCUCUUACAGACAAAAAUCAAGAUACCUUACCUUCAAAAUUUAAAGACAAUAGUAUGAUGAGAGUGAAAACCAGCUAGAUAUCUGAACAAUGCAGAGAUCUCAGAUGGCUUUCCUACAAUCACAUCUGCUCAGGACUUGAGAUAACAGAGAUACUGGAAAAAGCAUUCUGAUGAAUUAUAUACAUGAUUUAAAUCUGAAAGUAGCUUGGGUUAGGAAGAGCCUAGGGUUUGGGGUCAGCUAUUCCAGUGUUCUUAUUCUGUCUCUGCCAUUUAUUAGCAGUAUAAACUUAGGAGAAGUACGUUUUUGCAUCUAUAAAGGGAAAUAAUAUUCAUAAGUCUUUGGGGGAGGGUGAGUGAGACAAAGUAUGUACAUUACUCUCACUAACAGCCACUCAGUGAUAUGGUGGUUUCUUCCUUCAUCAGACAUUCACCUUUGAAUUAAUCAUACUAAUUCAGUAUUGAUGACUUUAACACCUUGUGUUUGCACUGAAAUUUUUACCCUGAAAGACUGAAUCUCCAACAUUCAAUAUUCAUAUUAUUAUUAAACAUUUCUGACAGGCUGGCUGGCUGCAGGUCUAGGGACAGGGAAGUAACAUUAUUCUACAGAUGGGACUUUGGAAGCCUAUAAAGAUUAAGUGACUUAUCAACAGCAUUACUAAGCCAGGACAGUACUGAAACAUAUCAUUUAGCACAUGAUUCAGAUGCAAUCCUUAUAGAAGAUUAAUGAACAUUUUCUUGAUUUAGACCAACACCAUAAUGUACAUAGUUUCGUUUGUCAAGAAAUGGAGGGCAAAUUUACAUUUGCUAAGAAAUGGGUUCGCUAAAUUUACAAUUUGCGAAAGGGAAAGUGAGAGCCUCUACAAUCUACAAUGUAAAAACUAACAGAAGCAAAGUAAAGCCUAUGUUGGGAAAAUGGCUAAGUAAUCUCCAUUGUAGGUUGCUUUUUUCUUAAGAAAAUUAUGGUAGAAUAGAGUGAAAAACAGGUUUUAUAAUUUCAUAGCAACUAUGAUUAUCAUGAUUAGGGAAAAGACAGCUGAGACUGGACUACAAAU